CAACAUCUUGUGCUUGAACUGUCGAACUGACACGGCACUACAAAAUUUAGAUAAAUACUAGAACUUUCGUGUUAAAAUCCUAGACAAAACAAAAAACAAACAAAACUAGAACUUUCGUCUGUAGGAAAAGAUAACCGAAUCGGUUAUCGAAAUUUGUUCAAAUUAUAAACGUGAACAAUGCCGGUUACCAACAUUCCCACGGAGGGUUCAACUGGCACGGCCGGAAGGGAACCGGCACCUUGUCGGACAUGUGUGGAUUUCAAAUCAUGGUCCAAGCAACAACGGAAAACAUUGACAACCACUACCGGCGUAAGUACUUCCGGUUCGGACAGGGAAGUCACCAAAUCGGACAAAUCAGAAAGCAGUAACAGCAAUUCAUCCCACCCACCAAAACACUGCCCGCUGGACAAAGAUAAGCUGGGUCGUUAUACCUGGAGUAUUUUGCACACCACUGCCGCGUACUAUCCGGAUGAACCGAGCAAUGAGGACCAAUGCAACGUUCGGAGUUUUUUCACCUCCUUCGCCCAGCUAUACCCGUGCGAGUAUUGCGCCAAGGAUUUCCAGGAUGAGAUAAAGAAGUUCCCCCCGGAAACGAAAUCCCAGCACGCGUUAGCUCAGUGGCUGUGCCGGAUGCACAAUCGAGUCAACGCAAAAUUGGGGAAGCCACAGUUCGACUGUGCCAAGGUAGACGAACGCUGGAGGGAUGGACCACCCGAUGGAUCCUGUGAUUAGUAGUAUUAACGUUGCAAAAUAAGAUUUGUUGUCAUUGAGCGUUGCAAUUUGAAAAUAACACGUUUAUUUGAAAUAUAUUUUAAUUUAA